AUGCCGCCUGGCGGGAGGUUAUCUCAUAAACAGAGAGGAAAAGAGAUCGCAGCCUCCUCUAGUCCUUUGAGAGAUGCGACCGAGGCACCGCUUGAAGAAUUUGAACGGAUUCAUCAUGACGCGAUGAUGGACACCGGGAAUUUAGAUCUGUCUCAAAGGAUCCUAAUCUCCGAAUCUGCGCGUUCGUAUCGGCAAGAAGUGAGAGGAAAACCAGAUGAGCCACAGGCUUGCGAGAGAGACGGUUCCGGCGGUGCGAGGGACGGAGCUCUCGCUGUCAAUUACGUGCCGACGUGCUAUUAUCCUGGAGGGAUCUUUGAGGAACUCCUGGUGUUAGCUUCCGAGUUCCUGCGCUCUCCUGAUAGGCCUUGGUCACCACCAGUUGGGUAUCAGUGCGUUUACGAAUCCUACUUUCGGGACGAUACGAAGCUUUGGUUCCCAAUUCCUCGACUAAUCACAUCGCAUGCGAGGCGCCGAGAUGCAGCGAUAAGUCAGUUUUUGAAUGGUUCGUGGCGUAUCACGGUGGCCCUGAUGGUUAUGGCCGCUGAAAUUGAUGUCUCAUUGAGCGUUCGUGUCUUCGAGGAGUUGACGUCCGUCAGCUCGUUAGACGACGGGCUUCUGUUCAUAAAGAUGCAUCCCAGCUACAAUGUGAUAGGAAGGCAUCCUAACAAGACGCCGGAUUGGCAGAGAUCUUAUUUCUUCGUUAAAUGUGAUGACUCUGCCUUCGAAGACCCGCCAGAUGACGACUACCGUAUCUUGUGGAACACUUUGCUUGGUAGAACAUCUUCGUUAACUCCCGACCAUCCGACUUCUCGUGACUAUCCAGAAGACUUUCUUACAAGCACUCGGGCUGUUGAGGGACUUGCUCAGAAGCAUUGGGGGAAUAUUUCUUGGGAGAGGGUUCACCGUUCGAUCGAUCGUAUUUCCAGGAAAGAUUGGAAUUCGAGUUAUCCUCUUUCUGCCAACAAGACUAAGAGGCGGAUCUCGCUAUUCACAAAGGAAGAGCAGAAGAGAAUCAACGAGGCAAGGAAAAUGAGAGGGCUUCCAGAUCUGAGUGCGAUGAUGACGGUCGAACUUAAUCUGCCGAGUGUCGAACUACCUGCACCUUCUAACGAGAUGGCGAUUGCCGACACCACCGACGCGAGCCCUCAUCAUCAAGAUUCCUCGGCUGGUACCACUACCUUGGCUCCUAAGAAGAAAAAGGGGGAGACGAGACCCCUUGACGACCUUCCUGUCAACGUAGGCUCAGAAGCAGCUCCUGUUGAAGCUGAGAUUCCUAGUCAGGAGGAGACGGCUGAACCGUCAUCAAAAAAGAGGAAGAAAGGCAAUCAGCAGCCUCAAGCUGCGGGGAUCGUGAGGCCACGAGAGACUGAUGUCGCCAAUCCCGUGCAUCGGAGUGAAUCAGCUGGUGAGCCGUCUCUCAACUUAGCCUCAUUGGAUGAUCUUGAAGACGCCUCUCCCGAAGUUACGCUGCGGAAGAAGAAGAAAUCCAAAAGACGGGGCGACGGGAGCAUGAAUUUCGUUGUUGAGAAAUACGACACAGCCUUGAAGAAGACUCGCGAAGCCUUGAGAAAGUCGGAGAAAGUAGUGGCGGCCAAGGGUAACCGUCUCCGCCGGAAGAGAGCGGAAUGGAGGGAUGAGUUC